GUAUCAUGGCUCAGACAUUGGGUUAAGGGCAUCAAAGUGUUGAGACUUAACCAGGGUGAAGAAAUAAUUUGUUUAAUAGAGCUGGACGAGUGAUGUGGAAGCUGGACGGGACAGCGGCCGAGCUUGGGCAGCUCAGGGAAGCUCAAUGGGAGCUCAGUCAGUACGCAUCAGCUCGUGGAGCUAGAAGGACUAGCUCACUCAGCUGGGACCAGCUAGCAGUCAGCUCAACUCAGCUGGGCCGAGUGUUCAGGUCCGGGAUGGUUGGGGAGGUUACAAGGAUGGUUAUGGUGGUUUGGUUAGAUGGUUCGGCCACGGUAUGACGGUCAGUUAAAGGGCUUGGCCUUGGCUUCAGGAUAGAGAACGGACAGGGACAGGAGCAGUUGGAGGCAGUUAAGGACCGGUUGGGGGCAGUUAUUGCUGAACGGUUGCAAGGGAGAGAGAGACACCUGUUCGGUUACAACUCCCACCCCUUCGGCCCCAUGGCAGUUCCGACUCCCUCUCUCUAUAAAUUCAGAGCCCUGGAUCCAGAAUUUGACACAUAAUUCUUGAGGGAAACCUCUGCCAAAAUCGUCAGAGACAAACCCCAAAAAGAGAAGAGAGAACCAGCGAUCCAAGGAGAGAACCGGCGAGAGGCUUGGCUGUUCCAGGAGAAACCGGAUCAUGGGAAGCAAGGCCUGAGGAGGUGGAUACCAGACAGAUAGACAGAGAGAUUGGGCUUGUGACCGGUUUGCUAUGUGCCUACAUCAACUCUCUCUAUCUCUUUAGAUUUGCUUGUCCUAUCAGAUUAUUGUGUUCGUUUGUUCUGUUCAUACAGGGAAUACUGAACCAAGGCCCUGGCCGGUUCAGUAUUCAAGUCCUUGGCCUUUGGCCGGACUGUUCAUGGUCGGAUUUGGAUGUUCUAGUGUGUUUCGUUUGAAACUGUUUAUGGGAAUCUCUCAGUUGGGAUUUAUCAGGGAUUAUCAUGAAUUUUAAUUAGUUUUUGGGAAUUUAUUUGAGUAUGUUGGUUUGGACAGGUUAUAGAUUCUAAGUAGCCGAACCAUGCUUAUCUAGACUAGAUGUUAGGAUAUCGGCCUUAUGAAUGUGCAUUGUGUCUUGUGUGGUUUCAGGAUCGGACAAGGACCGUGGUAAGGAAAAGGCACCGUGAAGACUCAGGCCAUGGGAAGAUGUAUGGUGAAUAGGUCAUUGUAGAUAGAUGUGGAAUACUGAUAGCCUAUUGUGCAACUUGUGAACUUAUGUUAGACUAAGUGUGUAAAACUUAUUAGGACGAAUCUAAGAAUGAUGUAUGAAUCUCACUUUAUAUUUAUACAAUUGAUUUGCCCCUUAUGUUUCCUUGUUUAGAUCCAUUGUAUUGAACCUCAGUUGAAUUGAAUUGAAUUUAGAAAGAUAAGAAUUAAAACUUGGUUCACUCGGACAUAGAUUGAAAGGUUAAGGCUGCAGAUCAGUUUGGGCUUAAGAGCCGGGAUCGGGUCUUACAAGUUGGUAUCAGAGCAUGCUUGAUUCUAGGAUUGGUUUGGGUUAUGUGUUCACCACACGUCUGGCUGCUGGGUCUCACGGGUUGUUUGUGUUUGUUUGGUUUGAUGUUGCUUUGCUUAGUUCUAAUCAUGAGAUGAGGGUUAUACAUUUGGACUAACACUAAGUGUUUUUGCCUAAGGGAACUAAGCGGACUAAGUCCCAGAAGGGCAAGGAAGCGGCUGGUGGCUCUGGACCGGUCAUAGGAGAUGGGGCCAACCCCACUCAAGUGUUACCAACCCAGACGGGGCUGGUUAAUGAGGAGAUCGGGGAACCCUCAGCGACGUUCCUGCCUACUGAGGUUCAGGUUGAUAACCUGGACGAGCAACAAGAAGAGGGACGGGAGGAGGAUGGUGAUUCCUCCCAUGCAGGAGACAAGACCGGACCUGGAGAUGGGGCGGAGGAGUUGGCCGAGCCAUCUAUGCGCGAGGAGAUGGAUGUGGUUAAGGCCAUGGGCACUCAGAUAUUAGCUUUCACGCAGGCAUUUACCUCUUUUGUGAACUCAUCGGUUGGCCAGAUGACCCCAGCUCAGUCCAUGGUUCAGGAAACUCAGAGAGCAGCUAGGACAGCUGGGACAUCAGCUGGUGUAGCUCGUGCAGCUGUACAAGUAGCUCGAACAGCUGCCAGGACAGCCGAGGACCGAGCUACGGUCGAAGCUGAGGUAAUGGAGAUCACUCCAGCAGCUUGUCCAGUUAGGAGAGUGGAUUACUUGAGCCUUCUAGCUCACAUCUCCAAGCUGGGUACGAAGCAGUUUGCUGGUAGUUCUGAUCCCAUUGAGGCAGAAGAGUGGAGGAGCAGAUUGGCUCGGAAUUUCAGCUCAACUCGUUGCCCAGAGGAGUACAAGAAGGACAUUGUGGUUCACUUCCGGGAAGGUGACGCACAUAACUGGUGGUUAGCGCUGGACAAACGCACCAAUGGGACAAUUGAGCGGUUCUCAGACUUUGAGGUGGAGUUCAACCACAAAUACUUCCCGGCUGAAGCUUGGGACCGUCUGGAGUCUCAGUUCCUAGACUUGACUCAAGGACGCAUGACAGUACGUGAGUACGAAGAGAAGUUCAACCGGCUCAGACGAUAUGUGGGCAAGGAGUUGGAGAAGAGACGGUACAGAUACGUAGGUUUGUUCGAGGCCUAAGGGUUGAACAUCGAACCUAUUGCUCCGUUGGUCACUUCCAGACAGUGUCUGAACUGGUGUAACGCAUGGCUAUGGUGGAGACUAACUUGGUCGAAGAGGCCAAGCUGAAGUCUAGGGGCCACACGGCUUCUAGUGGAUCCGGAAGCGACCGGAAGAGAAAGAGGGACACGGCCGAAGGGGCAAGGCCUCAAGUGAUAGGCCGGAGUGUCCUUCAUGCGGAAGGCAUUAUGGUGGAGAGUGUUGGAAGGCAAUGGGGGCUUGCACCCGUUGUGGCAAGAUGGGUCACUUUGCUCGAGACUGUCCUGGACGGUCAGAGAACCGUGGACAGGGCUUGGGGAGUGACCCCAGAAGCUGUCAUUACUGCAGCAAUACGGGACACCUACGCUGGGAAUGUCCCAAGAUGCAAGCUGAGGCUACAGGACGUUGGGCAGCCAGCAAGCCAAGCCAGACCUGAGGUCAGACCUCAGCACCGCGUGUGUAUGAACUGACCAAGGACGCAGCAGAGGUUGGACCGUUCCUAGCGAUCACUGGUAACAUUCUAAAUCCAUUCUUUUUCAAUUCAGUAGAUUGGCAUGGUACGGAACUUAGAAUGGAUUAGAUGAUUAGAAAAGGGGGGUCUUAUGUAGGGACCCUAUGUAUUGGUGGUGUGGAAACACACGUACUGUUUGAUACCGGAGCUACACA